GAGAUCUGUCUGAGAGAGAGAGAGAGAGAGAGAGAGCGUUCUAUUAAUUCUUUGUUCUUUUCUUUACGAAGUGAUUUGAAAAUUUUGUAAUCUGAAAAAAUAAAAGAUUCAUAAACGGAUUUGGGAUUUGAAAAAGUUUUGAUUUUUUGAUUAAGUGAAUCAGCGAGGUCGUGUUAUGGAAGGAGUUGGGGCUCGGUUAGGUAGGUCCUCGACACGUUACGGACCAGCAACGGUAUUCACCGGUCCGGUGAGGAAGUGGAAGAAGAAGUGGGUUCACGUUUCUCCUUCCACCAAGAAGGACAAUAACAACACUGCAUCCGCCGCAGCCUCCGUUGUUAACGGUGGUGGUUCGAAUUCCGACGGCAGUAACGGAUCGCAUUUAUUGCUCUAUAAAUGGGCUCCAUUGUCUCAGAAUGGUAAUGGUAACAGUAACGGCAAUGAAGAUGGUAAUAAGAGUGAGAGUAAUUCUCCAAGCGACGACUCUGUCACUGCUGCGACAGCGGCUGAAGAUCCUCCGCGACGGCGAUUCAAAUACGUGCCGAUUGCAGUACUUGAGGAGCAGAAGAAGGAAAUUACUGAAAUUGAGGAUGAUGAGAAGAUUGAGGAGGAUGAGAAGAUUGAUGAGGAUAACAAGGUCGAGCAGGAAGACAAGGUAGAUGAGGACAAAAGUGUAGCAGAGUCUAGCGAGAUGGAAACGGUAGUGGAGGAGAAGCCUGACAGAAAUGAUGUUCCGAUGGAAGAUACACAGCAGAAUGAAGAAAAAAUAGUACAGGAUGAAGAAAACGUAGUACAUGAUGAAGAAAAAAUAGCACAGGAUGAAGAAAAAGUAGUGCGACAAGAUUUGAACGAAAGCACUGUGGAGUUAGGACUGAACUUGAAUGCAAACGAUGAGGAUGCUGAAAGGGAUCCAAAAGAUGACAAGCCAUUAGAAGAAUGAUAAACUGGGUCCAUUCGUCCAACCCAUGCUACUCGGGUUUGGUUCCUUGCCCACAAGUCUCAAUGUCAUUAACAUUUGGUCAAAUCACACAGAAAGAACAAAGCAGUCAUUUACAUGUGGACGCAGAUCCAUGUUUUGGUCUGUUAUCCCAUGGCUUAUUCCUUUUGUUAAUGGAAACGACUCAUUGAUUCAGACUAAACAUUCAAUUCAUAGGAAAUUUCUGGUCUUUUUGUCUGAACAAUUUGAUUCAACAUCACAUACAUUUAACU